CUUGUAGUGUCUGCUGGCCGAGUACACCCGGGAUAAGGUGCCCUUUCACAGUUCGGAGAAGGAAAUGUCUCCCAACAAGAGUGAAUUGUACGUUACAGUUUAAACGCUAAUUUUGACCAUUAUUCGGGCGGACUCACAUACUUCAGCCCCAAACCAAACCGGCCGAUGAUUGAAUAUGCUCUCGCUCGUUAUUUGCUGCCCACAUCCUCUGCAUACUGUCCAAUCAUUAAGCAAAUGAACUUGAGAGUGUGUUUUGUUUAUUCUCCGAACAUCCUCACACGGACGGACACGGCAAACACCUCGGAGGAAUGCAGCGCGUUCUUGACAUGGGGGAUGAGAACGCUCAAGAACUCGCCCAGAAAGUGGUCAAACAGGUUUUGGUGGAUGCAAGAAACGGGAUGAUCCAACAAACACACACCAGCAGCACUGCUUGGGAAGAGAUAUCACCGUCAAUCUGGUGUCCGGGGAGGGUUUGCUUCGUUUUGCCUGCAGGCUUGGUUUUACGGGUCGCCGAAUGUGGUGUCUUGCUGCGGACAGUAGAACGAACCCACCACAGUCACACUGUGUAUAGCCGGACGGUGGAAGCCAUACCACAGCGAAGCCAUUGUGAACUCAUCGGACUCGACUCGACUUGGCGCGUGACCUUUCGUAACCAUGAAAUUGGCCGCUAGCCUGGUGCCGCUGUGGGCGCUGUUGACGGUAUUGGGUGCAACGACUCCAGCAUCGACCGGACCAGACCUGAGCUUUGGCGAUGCGGACUUUUCGGUGCAGUACUUCAAGCAAUCGUUCAACGCGUCCGGCAACUUGAUCGUUUCGCCAGUAGCCGUCCGACUUGCGUUCUCCGCCCUGUAUCAGGUGUCCGACGAGAGGACGCGCGAAAUCGUACAGCGUGCCUUCUAUCUGCCGUCGGACACUGGGUACGCCCGAUCGAAUGCAGAGCAAUUGGUGAACGAUCUGGAACAGAGCCGGUUCCUGAACGUGUCCUUUGCCGUACUGCAGACCGAAGGGCAGCUUUCUCGAGAGCUGGAGAAUGCGGUCAAAACCAUCUUCCAUGUGGAGCCACGAACGGUGGCUUUCAGCAAUCGCCGAGCGGUCGUCGAGGACGUUAACGAAUGGGCAGCCGACGUUACGGACGGAAGCAUCCGGAACUAUCUGGCCGAACCGGACGUCGACGUGAACGUGGAGCUGAUGCUGCUGAACGCGCUGCAUAUGCGCGCCAACUGGGCCCAAAAGUUCGAUCCGGAACGCACCGUGGAAGAGACGUUUCACUUCCGCAAUGGACUGCGGUCGGUGGACAUGAUGAGUGUCGCGCUGGAGGUGUUGUACUACGCGCAGCCAACGUUCCACGCCGUACAGCUACCGUACAGCGAGGAGAGCGAUCUUACCAUGUGGAUCCUCGUGCCCCAUCGCAACGGUACGUUUGACGAGCUGUUCGAACUGCUGUCGGCCGAGCUGCUGGACGAGCUGGAAACGUCGGCCAUGCCGAAGAUGGUGGACCUUUGGCUGCCCAAGUUCUCCAUCAGCGACAGCCAUGAUGCGCGGGAUGUGCUCAAGCGCAUGGGCCAUGGACAGCUAUUCGACGUGGAAGGGUUUUCCGUGUUCCAGAGCCACAAAUCGAUGCUGGGCACAAUGAAGCAGAGCACCUUCAUACAGGUCGAUGAGCAGGGAACCGAAGCGGCAGCCGUCACGUCCAUCGGGACGAAAUUUCGCAUCCGAAACACACAGUUCCGGGCCGACAAACCGUUCAUUUUCAUCAUUAAAAAACUGUCCAUCGACACAAUCCUUUUUGUGGGACAUUACUCCAACUACGAGUAGCAGCAGUCGGAGGAUAACGCCCCUAACACUGGGUAAGUAGUUUUAUUCGUAUAAUAAACAGAAUGUUGGUUAUUUAGUUAUUCAAUAAAAAGCAAGCGGAUACCAACAAUACAUUUAUUGAUCUUA